ACAAAAACAAUUAGUGUAUAAACGAAAGCCAAGAAGUAAAUGGAUGAAGAAAUGGUCGUUACAGCGUGAUCGAUUUUCACAUAUAAAGCUACUAGAAGAACUUCGUUUAGAACCGGAUGAUUAUCGAAAUUAUCUCCGCAUGGAUGAAGAUAGCUACGUAUUACUUUUAAAAUUAGUAACACCACUAAUCCAGAAACAAGACACGUGCAUGAGGUCUGCCAUACCACCACAUGAAAGACUAUCAGUUACACUUCGAUACCUAGCUACUGGCAGAAAUUAUGAAGAUUUAAAAUUUUCCAGUAUUAUUUCACCUCAAUCGCUAAGUAAAAUAAUUCCGGAGAUCUGCAGUGCUAUUUAUCAAGUAUUAAAGGAUGAGUAUAUAAAGUUUCCUACAACAGAGAAUGAAUGGAAUAUAAUUGCAAAUGAUUAUGAAACAAAAUGUAACUUCCCAAACUGCGUGGGAGUCGUUGACGGGAAACAUGUUAAUAUCCUUCCCCCUGCUGGAAGUGGUUCAUACUUUUAUAAUUACAAAGGAGGGCACAGUUUAGUGCUUAUGGCUAUAGUCAACGCAAAUUAUGAGUUCAUUAUGGUUGAUUUUGGGGUAAAUGGUCGAAUAUCUGACGGAGGAGUUAUUGAUCACACUAUAUUUUACCAGAAACUAAAAAAUGGAAAAUUAUCUUUACCACCUAAAACAAAACCUAAAGGAAGUAAAAAUACAAUGACAUUUGUUUUUAUAGGCGACGAAUCAUUGUCCUUGCGCUGCGACUUUUUGAAAUCAUUUGGGCAGAACGAACUUAAUCAUGACCGAAAAAUUUUUAAUUAUCGGCUUUCGCGAGCAAGAUGUAGAGUUGAAAAUACUUUUGGCAUACUGAGUGCCCGUUUUAGAAUAUUCCAAGGAGCAAUUUCCAUUAGUUUAGAAAGCAUCGAAAAAGAAGUCAUGGCCGCCUGUGUUUUACACAAUUUAAGACGAAGAUAUGGAAAUGCAUAUGUACCGGAAGAUAACGUUUAUAGGGAAAAUGUACAGGAUGGCAAAAUAGAUAUAAGAUUACAAACUACUGGAAUGACAAAACUGCAGUGCGGCUACAAUCGAAAAAGCGCCUUAAGAUUGGUUUUAGUUUUAGUAGUGUCAAAUGUCAAUAGAAAUAGGUUAUGUAUCGAUAUUUAUCCUUUAUCAACAAACAACAUGGAAAGUAAGCCUGAAUUUUCAGAUUUAAAAUUAAAAAAGUGGAUUAUUAAACAAUGUGACUCGAUAGGAGUCAAACAUCCCACACCUAUUCAAGCGGGCUGCAUUCCAAAAAUUCUGGAGGGACAGAGCUGUGUUGGUGCUGCUAAAACUGGAAGCGGAAAAACUCUUGCUUUUGCUCUUCCAAUUGUUCAGACACUGUGUGAGGAUCCUUAUGGGAUAUAUGCACUAGUAUUAACCCCAACUAGGGAACUAGCAUAUCAGAUUGCUGAACAGUUUUCUGUUAUUGGUAAACCAAUGAAUUUAAAGACUUGUGUUGUUGUGGGAGGUAUGGAUAUGGUGGAACAAGGAAUACAACUAUCAAAAAAUCCCCAUAUUGUUGUGGCUACUCCUGGGCGCUUAGCUGAUCAUUUGCAGAGUUGUAAAACAUUUACUCUGAGUAGGAUUAAGUUUUUAGUCCUUGAUGAAGCAGAUAGAUUAUUAGGCGGCCAUUUUGAUGACCAAAUUAAAACCAUCUUUGGAGCCCUUCCAAAGAACCGUCAAAAUCUGUUUUUCUCCGCUACAAUCACAGACACGUUAAAUAUCCUUAAAAGUACUAUUGGAGAUAACGUUUUUCUUUUCGAAGAUAAGACGAAAGAAGAAGCAGCAACAGUAACAGAAUUAGAGCAACAAUAUUUGUUAUGUCCAAAAGAUGUAAAAGAUGCCUAUAUGGUGGAGUUGCUAAGGGUUUACAGAGAUAAUAAUGAAGACGGAAAUGUUAUGAUAUUUACAGAUACUUGCAAGAAUUGCCAAGUACUUUCUAUUACCCUCAAUGAAGUGGGCAUAGAAAAUGUAGCAUUACAUGCUAUGAUACCACAGGCACAAAGGCUAGCCGCUCUUAAUAGAUUUAAAAGUAAUAGGGUCAAAAUACUAAUAGCAACAGAUGUGGCUAGUAGAGGUCUUGAUAUACCAACGGUACAGCUAGUUAUAAAUCACAAUGUUCCUCGAGUACCCAAAGAGUAUAUACACCGUGUUGGUAGAACUGCUAGAGCAGGUAGAGGUGGUAAAGCAGUCACUUUAGUGACUCCAUAUGAUAUCAAGCUACUUAAAGCUAUAGAGGAGCUUAUAAAAGUUAAGCUUUCUGAAUAUAAACUUGACGACAAAGAAGUAGGCAAAAUAUUUACGCAAGUGUCUGUGACAAAAAGCGAAGCAUAUAUUAAACUAGAUGAAACAGACUUUUAUGAGAAAAAAAUGAUUAAUCUCAAGAAAAAAUGGAUUCUUGAGGGCCUAGACCCGGACGAGGAAGAACAGAAAUUUUUGGAGAAAACGAAGAAAGCACAAAUCAAGCACAAAAAUAAGGCAGUUAAAAGGUUAAAAACUAAAAAGAAAGCUGUUAAUAGUGAACUAGGUUAGUUGGCAUUAAAGUGUAAUUGUUUUUUUAUUA